AUGCACAACGGUAUAAAAGACUAUGGUCCAUCUCCCUUGAAGUCAGUAUUGAUUUCAUCUUGUAGUCCUUUGAAUCCUGAUCCACCAUGGAAUUCGACUUCAACUCCCGUUUGCUUGGCCGCUCUUCUAGCUUUGGUCUUCAUUGCCAGUGGUGGAAUUCGCCCCGUGGAUGCCAGUGGAUACUUUGGACGCCGAGUUCUGUUCGUGCCCAUUACCUCUCCGACAAGUGAUGACACCUGUGCUGCUGAUUAUGCCAAUAAAGACAAGAACGAAUUGGAACUGUUGGAAAAUGGACUAUUCAAUCAAGAGUUCCUUGAGAGUGUGGGUGUUGGUAACAAGAUCAAAAUGUGCUCUGCUUACAUUAGCCAAAGCGACCCAACCCAAUCCGUGUUCAGAGUCAUGUCCUUCCAGAUUCAAAGUAUUCUUAGGGCAUUAAAAAUUUGAUCAGUUGGACUUUCAAAUGGCCUUGAUCAAAGGUGUAGUAUUCUAUAGUUCUGGUCGGAUUCAUGCUUGUGUGUAAUUCAUGUUUGUGCUGUUGAAAAUACACCCAAUCUUUGGCACUUCAA